AAUGCCUCUCUCAAUAAUGUAUAUCAUGGAAAUCUCCACGAGAAAAAACAGAGGUAAAGCUGCAGUACUCAAUCAAUUAUUCGUCUCGGUUGGGAUCACAUUUGCCGAACUUAUCGCAUUCAGACAAAUUUUUGGUUGAAAAACUAAAAUAUUUAAGGAUCUCAAAAUCUUUGGCCUUUGUCGUUUGUUAUCACGAUUGUCCCAUCUGUUAUGGCGAUUACCAUUCUUACAUUUUGCCCAGAGAGUCCACGUUGGCUACUAAUGAAAGGACGAGACACAAAAGCAUAUGAAGCGCUUAGAAAACUUCGCAAAAACGGAAAUUUAAGGCUUGAGUUUGAUGAGUUAGUGAACGAACAAAACUCAACAACUUGUAAGCCUGUCAGCAUUUGGACUGUUCUCAGGAAAAAAGAAUUCCGUUAUCCAAUUAAAAUAAUUUUCGUCGUAUUUUUUGUCCAGCAGUUUUCAGGAAUAAACAUGAUUUUGGCAUUCUCGAACAAUAUAUACAGAAAUGUGGGUCUUAGUGACGAAAACGUACAAUAUGCAAUCAUCGGAUCUGGAGCAUCUCUUCUUCUAUCUUCUUGCAUUGCUGCUCCUUUUAUUGACACUAUUGGUAGAAAAAAAUUGCUGAUUUACCCAUUAGCCAUAAUGAUUUUGAUGCUAAUAAUGGAAACGAUUGCACUCGUUUAUAAAAUCUACAUUCUAGCGAUUGUAUGCUUAUAUAUCUACAUGAUGUCAUUUGAUAUCAGUCUUGGUGUCAUUCCCCAAUCACUCAUGGUCGAAUAUUUCCAACAGGACGCUCGUUCGGCGGCUUCCUCUAUUGGUGUUUUUAUAUCAUCAUCUUCCAAUUUUGCUGCGUUGUGGUUGUUUAAGCCAGUUAUUGAAAAUGAACAAAUUAAAAAUUAUGUUUUUGUAAUUUUUAUAGUUUUAUGUUCUAUAAGUUUGGUAUUUCUCCAAAUUUAUGUUGUUGAAACUGUAAAUCGUAAAUUCGAGGAUAUAAAUCGAGAUUUAAAAAAACAUUUAAACAAUCAUAAUACUAGUCAACUGUAA